CUCAAUUUUAUAAUAAUGCUUAAAAUAGUACAGAAAUAGCAACAGGUUCGAUAUAAUUUUAACAAGGUCAUCAUUUUAAGUGUUUUGUUUACCAUUACCAUAGUCCAAGUGACAAUUUUUGACCAUUACAAGCCAAGUUGUGAACUACUUACUGAUCAAUAAAAACUUGUUGGUGCAUUGAUUAGUAUAUAAAAAGCUAAUGUAGGGAGCCAUCAUUCACAGACUGACACGGAGAGGAGAACAGCACUGUUUAUUUAAAACGAGAAUUUAACCACUUUUUCACUUAUUUUAACAGAAUUACCUUAGGAAACAUCAAGCCACAAAACAUGAGCCAUCACUCUUCAUGGAGAGGGCAUCAUUGUCCCCCUGGAGACAUCAACUGCACAGCAGGCUUUAAGGAGUCUUUGGCCAGCAGGAACUACAAGUUACUCCAUGUGCCUUUCCAUGGGCCGACCCACAGCCACCACCAUGAGCCUCCACACCCGUUUCCUACCGUGGAUGUUCCUGAUCAUGCCCACUACAUCAUCGGCUCUGUCAUCUUAAUGGUUGGCAUCACUGGAGUGAUUGGAAACGCACUUGUGAUCUACGUGUUCUGCCGGAGCCGAACUCUUCGCACUGCAGGGAAUAUGUUUGUGGUGAACCUGGCUGUAGCUGAUUUCUUCAUGUCCCUCACUCAGUCGCCCAUGUUCUUCGCGGCCAGCCUGCACAGGCGCUGGGUCUUUGGUGAGCGCAUUUGUGAGCUCUACGCCUUUUGCGGUGCCCUCUUUGGGAUCUGUUCCAUGAUGACUUUGACUGCCAUUGCUGCCGAUCGCUGCCUAGCCAUAACUCAGCCUCUCGCCUUGGUGGGCAAUGUUAGCCGACGCAAAGCAGGUGCGGUGUUGGCCGUUGUGUGGCUCUACUCUCUGGGCUGGAGCCUUCCACCUUUCUUUGGCUGGAGCGCUUAUGUUCCAGAGGGGCUUCAGACUUCCUGUUCUUGGGACUACAUGACCUUCACUCCAUCAGUUCGUGCGUACACCAUCCUCCUCUUCAUUUUUGUGUUCUUCAUCCCACUCGGCAUUAUUGGAAGCUGCUACUUUGGAAUUUUCCAAGCUAUCCGAGCAACAGGGAAGGAAAUUAGAGAGCUGGAUUGUGGGGAAACGCACAAGGUGUAUGAACGCAUACAGAACGAAUGGAAGAUGGCGAAAGUCGCACUCCUGGUCAUUUUGCUUUUUGUAAUAUCCUGGUCGCCCUACUCUGUCGUGGCCCUCACUGCCACGGCUGGCUAUUCCCAUCUCCUGACCCCCUACAUGAAUUCAGUACCCGCUGUGAUUGCCAAGGCCUCAGCCAUCCAUAAUCCCAUCAUCUACGCAAUUACGCAUCCAAAGUAUCGGGCGGCUAUUGCCCGCUACAUUCCAAUACUCCGCUUCAUCUUACGUGUGAAAGAGAAGGAUCUCCGUUCCUCUUUUAGUUCUGGCAGCGUUAGUUCCCGUCGUCCGACCCUCAGCAGCCAGUGCUCCCUGGGAGUUAGCAUCGGCAAUGCAGCGCGAGCUAACGGCCGCUGGGGAAAGACACGCUUAUCAUCCGCUUCAGAUAGUGAUUCUUGCUGGACUGAGAGUGAGGCUGAUGGUUCCAGCGUCAGUUCCCUGACCUUUGGUCGUCGUGUGUCCACCGAGAUCUCUACAGAUACUGUCAUUCUUUCACCAGGGUCAAGUACUAGCACCACCAGCGGGCAGAAAUCAGAGAAAGCACACAAAGUUGUAAGCGCACCAGUGCCAUCUAUUACUUUUGAAUCAGAUGCUGCAGAUGGGGAGUCUCUGUCUGAUGGAAAGGCUUUGCUUCCCAGGGGGAACUAAGGAAUGAUGCAGCGCUUCAGUGUUGGGCUCGUUACUCAAAUUUAUAAUUAAUUAGUAAUUUAUUACUAGUUACUCCUUUCAAAAGUAAUAUUGUUACUUUACUUUUUACUUUCUGGCAACAGUAAUUAGUUACAGUACUAGUUAUAUUACUUUUCUUUUUCGCCCCACAGAAGUUGUAAUUGUGUAUCCCCAUAAAAUGUUACUAACAACAUAAUUCUGCCUCAUCAUUUCACCAAAAUCCACAUUGGAUAGCAGUCAGAAGUUAUUACAAACACUCAAUGGUGACUUUAAAAGGGUACAUAACACACAGUUUCGGCCAAUCUCAUGUUAAUCUUGAGUACCUAUAGCUUAGUAUAGCAUCCUUCAUAUCUCCGAAAAGUCUUUAGUUUUAUCAGAUUUAUACAAGAAAGAUAAGCUGUACCGAGUCUUUCCGAAAACAGCCGAGCUCCCGGAGGCGAGGCUAAAGAGUGAUGAGCACGUGCAGCUUUUGCGUAGCGAAGCUAUCAAUGGUCAGCUAAACAAAUGCACUUAUGCGCUGACUGCCAACAAAACAGACAUUUGAAGCAGUUUUACUCACCACCUGCGGUUCCGACUCAUGACCAGGAUCAUUAUCGCUGUGACCGCUCCAUCUUUCAGUUUCAAACAAUCUGUAAAUCCAGCGUCGAACUGGGCCUUGUUUAUAAAACCAUAAGCACCGAUCCUGAGGGCUCGAACAGCCACAGAAAACACGAGAUAUUCUCCAUUCAUUUUAACCAAUAAAAAAGUGAUUGCAACUUUCAGACUCUUGUUCUGGUUAAUGAGUACGCCCAACUCGUUUUUUGAAACUUUGUCCAUGUUUAGCAAGAGAAUCCAACUCUUUAACAGUGUAAAUAAGUCAGAAUGCAUGAAAUCGCA